AUGCAUUUUAUGGCAGGCCCUGCAGGUAGCCGGAGUAUGGGGGCCCUGGGCCUCCACAGCAACCCCCAAGCCCUCUACAUGGUCCUUUUAAUAGCGCUGGUCAUGAUGAGCUUGGUGUUUGGUAAUUUUGAUCCUGAACCCCCUCAUCCAGUUCAGCUCCCCAAAUACCUGCGCUGCUAUCGAUGCCUCUUGGAGACCAAGGAGUUGGGAUGCCUUCUGGGAUCAGACAUCUGCCUCGCCCCGCCUGGCAGCAGCUGCAUGACUCUCCUCAUAAAGAACAACAGUGGUUCUGACAUCAUGGUGAGUGACUGCCGCCGCAAGGAACAGAUGAGUGAUUGUUCAUAUACCCGCUCUUCUCCAGUGUUUGGCUUCUGGAUAUUUUCUCGAUGCUGCUUCCGGGAGUUCUGCAAUAACCCCCAGAACAGAGUCUUCUAUAUUCCUUAGAAUUUCUGCAGAGACUUUUAAGAAUAAAAUCCUGCCAGUCGCCUUUCAUCUUCCUGAUUUCCAGCUGGCUGGCACAGCCAGAACAACUUCCAGUUCUUUC